AUGCUUCCGAGAUCCGAUCCUUCUGAUAUGGCCAGCCCUCCUAGAAAACGACGCAAACUUGACGCAGCAGGCUCACACAUUUCCUGCUUUCCAGAGAUCUAUGGACAAGAGUUGAAAAUGCGUACAGCUGAAGAUAAACAACAGCCUGGCGAUGAGCCUGACAACAGUCCCAAUGAGAAGAACGAGGUCGAAGCAGGCAAUGAGAGUGCAGAUGCUUGA